AUAAAUAUAUUUUUAUAAUAAAGUAAAAAGUCCGACAUGGCGGGAAAUUCAUUAGAAAAUGGAAAAUUACAUCAACAAAGUGGUAAAAUAAAUAAUGGUUUAAAUAACAAUAUAAGUAUAUUACCACCCGAUGGAGGCACUAGAGCAUGGUUAAUUAUGUUGGGAUCGUUUUUUUGUAAUGGAAUUUUGUUUGGGGUUGUUAAUUCGUAUGGCUUAAUAUUUGUUGAAUUAAAAUUGAAUUUACAAAAGGCUGGCGUUGAUGAGUACUCUAGUAAAGCAGCAUUGGUUGGUUCCUUAACCAUUGGAACAACAUUUUUUCUCUCACCAAUUGCUGGAAUACUUACUGAUCGUAUUGGAAUACGAAGAACAACAUUAUUAGGGGGUGCAAUCGCUUCGGGUGGAAUGUUUUUAUCAUCAUUUCUAACCGAACAUGUUGAAUAUUUAUAUUUUACAUACGGCAUAAUGUUUGGUUUAGGCGCAUCUUUAGCAUACACUCCAAGUUUAGUAAUACUAGGGCAUUAUUUUCAAAAAUAUUUAGGAUUUGUAAAUGGUGUUGUAACAGCUGGUAGUUCAACAUUUACAGUAAUAAUGCCGUUGAUAUUAAAAAAUAUUUUACCUACAUUUGGAUUAGAGAACUCAUUACGAAUUCUAUCGUUAUUGGUGGGAUGUAUUAUGCUUUGUGCCCUAUUAUUUAAACCAAUCAAAAUUCCCACACAUACCGAGUACAAAGAUGAUACCUUAAAGAAAAUUAUUAACGUUGAUAUUUGGAAAUUACCAAAAUAUGUUAUUUGGACAUUAUCAAUCCCAAUUGCCUUAUUUGGAUACUUUGUACCUUACGUUCAUAUUAAAGAAUUUUGUAAUGUUUAUUUUCCAAAUUCUGAUGGAACAUUACCCGUUAUUUGUGUUGGAAUUACAUCCGGUAUAGGACGAUUAGUUUUUGGUUAUAUUGCCGAUAGUCCAAAAGUCAAUCGUAUUUUACUGCAACAAAUCAGUUUUUUCAGUAUUGGAAUUUUAACAAUUCUUUUGACAUUCGCCAAUUCAUUUGUUUGGUUGUUGGUAAUUUCGUUAGGAAUGGGUUUAUUUGAUGGUUGUUUUAUUUCGUUAUUGGGUCCAAUCGCUUUUGAUUUAUGUGGAAAAGAUGGUGCUACACAAGCGAUUGGUUUUCUUUUGGGAAUGUGUUCGAUUCCUUUAACUAUUGGUCCACCGGUUGCAGGGUAUUUGUAUGAUCGUACUGGAUCCUAUCAACUUCCAUUUAUUUUGGCUGGUAUUCCUCCGAUUAUUGGUGCUUUGGUUAUGUUUUCAACCCGAUGUGUUAAAAAUGAUAGCAAGAGUUCCAAAUAUAAUACACAAAUUGUUAAAAAUGGUUGUUUACCUUCUGGUCGUAAUAAUGACAACGAUAAUAUUCGAGAACCAUUAACAAAUGGAUGUAAUGGUACUGUGCCAUUGUCAAUUAGUUACAAGGAUGCUGUGGCUCGUGCCAGUGCAGGUAAACAUUAUUAUCAUAAUUUGUGUACACCUGUUGUCGAUUUUCCAUUAUGGAAUGCUAAUCAGCGAUGCUAUAGUUACUCUGUGCUUUAAAUUUUCUCUUCUUUAUCUGAUCUAUUAUUUUUCCUUUAUUUGGCUUCAGAAAGUUAUGUACAAAGCUUUCAUUUUCAGUCACUGUCUUCAGUAAUAGUUAAAAAAUGAACAUUUAGUAUUAGACCGGUACCUAGUUCGAAAAAAUAGGUCGGGAUUCUAAUCAAGAUACAACUCACAUCUGUUGAGUAAAUGACUGGAAUCAAAUUUGCCACAUUACUCACAAAAAUGUAAAAGCAAACUUGAUACAAUAAUAA